GACAAAUCAAUUCAUUUAACAAAGCCAAAUACUUGUACAUAUACAAUGAAGUUGGGAUUAAUGGUUUCCAACCUUGCUUUAAUUAUUUUUCAUUUCUGCUUUCUGGUGCUAUUUAUUCGAUCAGAUGGAACAACAAAAUCAGACAACUUGAGCAACAGAGGUGGUGUUUAUGAAUCCGUUCAAAUCGACGAUCCAGCUGAAGAUGGUUCUUCUGGAAUCUACUUUCGGAUAAGCCAAAAAGGUGUUGAUUAUCUUGCAAACUUAGCAUCUAAAGGGUUGCCUAAAAUUAUGAAUCGGUUAGCUUUACCGACGAUAAGUGAAAGUGGUCUUGUAAUUAGUGAUGCUGUGAUUACUAAAAUGGAAGAGCCACAGAUUGGAGAACUUUCUUUCUUCUUCGCUAAAUAUAAUGCUCAACUAGUGGCUAACUUAUUUAAUUUAACUGUGCAAAUGCGAGUGUUCAUUCAUCGCAACCUUUCAGAAGAAUCUACUUCCGUUGAGGUCACAAAUUGUACAGUUAAUCCUGGAACGUUUGUAAUGAAAUUUUAUGGACCCGAAGCAAGUGAAUUUUAUGCUAUUGUCGAUAUGAUUAGGGAUGGUAUUGACGGCGCGAUUCGUGAUAAAAUUUGUACUUUGCCGCCACUCAUGCGCGAAUUUAUUUAUCAGAAAAUACAUGAGAUUUCCAGUCCUCAAUCUUUUACAAACCAAACGACUCAUUAUAGUGAUCAUAACAACCUUGACGAUCCUUCUACCAUUUUCAAUCAACUUUGUUCAACACAUUCUGACGGUCGAAGGAGAUCUAGUUUAGUACAAGGCGUCAGCGAAAAUCAUCAGGAAAUGUCCCAUUCCAAAUCCGCAUCUUCUGAAGAUGAACAAGCACUAGAAGUAGACAUUGCUGAGAUGAACGUUCCUAAUUUGCUGCCAGAUCUUACACUUCGCUAUCCACCUAAAUUUUCACAGCGAGAUUUAAUCUUUGGAAUCGAUGGUGGUUUUAUGAGCAAUGGAAAUCGAGCACCUGCUUUCGUAAAACGACCUAAGUUUAAUGACAUACAAGUUAGAGAUCAGAUGCUCGGACUUAUUUUUAGUGAGUUUUUGCCGAAUACUCUGUUCUACCACAUUUUUAAUUCUGGACUUGGUCAUGUUUCUGUUAGUUAUUCACAUUAUCAUAUGCCACGAAUGCUCCGUUCAAUGUCCAAAUUGGUAUGUGCGGAUUGCCGUUUACGUGUUAAUGCCAACCUUACAAAAACACCGAAAGCUCUUAUCGAUCGUAAUGGAGUAACACUUUUGCUUGAAGGAGAUAUUGGAGCUCAUUUUUGGCGUAAGAAUCGAACUUAUAACAUCCUUUCAGCAAAUGGUCAACUCCGAGUUGGGGUGAAAAAUUUUAUUCUUUGA